AUGUGGAGCUGGCAGGGGCAGCAGCAGCGCGGGCGGCAGCAGCCCCCAGGCGUGGUGCCGCUGAGCGUGUGGCUCGUCCUGUUGCUGCCCGCCUGCCCCCACGCCCUCGCCUCUCACGCCGGUCGGUUGCUGCUGGGCGUGGGCACACCGCCGCGGCGACUACUGGCGGACAUGCCCCUUACGAGCACUCUCCUCGCGCUCAUCGUCACAGCAUCUGUGCUCCUUGUGGGGGUAGUCAUCCUCGUUAUAGUCUUCUGCAGGACAAGGAGACGUUUCCCCCAAGUGGCCCCUCUCGAUGGCAAAGCAUCCGGCAUAGUUGACAGUGACAGCGAGAAGGGAAACGGGGAGGAAGGGGAGAGCGAGGAGGGCGAGGACGGGGAGGGGAGGUGCGCGCCAGUGGAGCAGUGGAGCUGGGAGGAGGUGGAGGCGGCAACUGAUGGUUUUAGCGAGGAGCGCACUAUCGAGGACGCGGGGCACUCGGCGGUGUUCAGAGCAGUGGGACGCGGUGGGGAGGAGCUGGCGGUGAAGCGCGCCAAGCGGGUGUCAGUGGAGGGGCAGCACCUCUUCCGCAACCAGGUCGAGUUCCUGGAGGGAGUGCGACAUCCCAACAUAGUGGCGCUGCUGGCAUUCAGUGAGGAUCGCAACGAGCAGAUCCUCGUGUUUGAGUUCGUGCCCAAUGGCUCCCUCACUGACUGGCUCAGGCCGCUGGAUGUCUCCAAGCCGCCAUUAUCGUUCGGGCAGCGCCUGGCGAUAGGAGCGGAGGUGGCGCGGGCGAUCAAGUACCUGCAUGCCUUGACGCCUCCUGUGCUGCACCGGGACAUCAAAUCAGAGACAAUUCUGCUGGAUAACGACUUCAAGGUCAAGCUGGGCGGGCUGGGCGUGCUGAAGCACCUGCCAGGGGAGGCCAUGCGGCUGCGCAUGCAGCGCAAGCGAGGCUACCUGGACCCGGAAUACUUCCAGAGCUUCCGAAUCACUAGCAAAUGCGACGUGUACAGUUUCGGAGUGGUGCUGCUGGAGUUGAUUACAGCGAAGCUGCCAAUAGUGGAUGAGAAGGACGUUGUCAUGGGAUCCCGCACCAGCAAGCGAUUCGUUACCCUUGUGCAGUGGGCCCUUCCGAAGAUCAAGGAGGGGAAGUACAACGACAUGGUGGACCCGCGCCUGGGAGCGUACCCCGGGGACCUCAUGGAGAUCUUCUGUGGCAUUGCCGCACAGUGCGUGACUCCGCAGCGCAAGAACCGACCCGACAUCGACGUGGUGUCUGCUUGGAUGGACGAGCUCAUUCAGAAGGAUGCUGCCUCGCGAGAGCCGCUCUCUCGGUUCAUGCGAGCGGUGCCAGAAGAGGAGGAAGUGGAGGAGGAUGAGGAAGCGGGGGAGGUGGGUGAGGUGGUGAAGGGAGGGAAAGAGGUGGUGGUGGUGAUGACAGAGGAAGCUGGUGAUGGGGAGAAGGUCGGGGAAAGGAGCAAAGAGAGGCCCAAGGAUGGCCCUCUUCCUGGUGGUGGGACUGAGGUUGCUGCUUCUUCGGCUGAUUCGGUUAGUGCCCAAACAGAUACCGGUAUUGGCAUCAGCGCAGGUGCUGCCGCUGUCAGUGCUGAGGUUUGCAUCGGAGUCGAUGGAAAUGUGGCACCGGCUCAAAAAGAGGACGACCGUGUGGGUGUAGAGGUUUAUGCUGGACUUGGGACUUAG